CUUCUGGAACAUUUUACCCCACACCGUAGCCUGAAAUCUGGGCUUCUCAUCCACGCCACAUCACAGAGUUGCACAUCUUCUAACUCCAUUAUAUUUUCUUGAAGAAUUGAGCUCUUGGAUAGACCCAGCUGCCAUACCCUAUCACCCGGGCAGCUUCCCGACCCCACGUCACGGAUCUCCCCGAAACUCGGACGAAUUCUCCUCGACACACUCAGACAAAAUGGCGACGAACUCUAUCAAGCUGUUGACUGGCAACAGCCAUCCUCAGCUUGCCCGCUUGGUUGCCGACCGCCUCGGUAUUGAGCUUGCGAAGACUAUGAGUCUGAACUACUCGAAUCAAGAGACAUCAGUCACAGUCGGAGAGUCUGUUCGUGACGAAGAUGUUUUCAUCCUCCAAUCCACCGCCCCGGGAGAUAUCAAUGACGGACUCAUGGAACUCCUCAUCAUGAUCAACGCAUGCAAGACCGCCUCUGCACGCCGCAUCACCGCCGUCAUCCCCAACUUCCCCUACGCGCGCCAAGACAAGAAGGACAAGUCCCGUGCGCCCAUCUCCGCGAAGCUCAUCGCAAACAUGCUCCAGACCGCUGGCUGCAACCACGUCAUCACGAUGGACCUGCACGCCUCCCAGAUCCAGGGCUUCUUCAACGUCCCCGUCGACAACCUAUAUGCCGAGCCCAGCACCCUGAGGUGGAUCAGGGAGAACCUGGACGUCAAGAACUGUGUUAUCGUCAGCCCCGAUGCUGGUGGCGCAAAGAGGGCAACCAGCAUUGCCGACAGGUUGGAUCUUGGAUUCGCUCUGAUUCACAAGGAGCGUGCGAGGCCCAACGAGGUGUCGCGCAUGGUCCUGGUUGGUGACGUUUCUGACAAGACCGCCAUUUUGGUGGAUGAUAUGGCCGAUACUUGUGGCACCUUGGCAAAGGCUGCUGAGACAGUUAUGGCCCACGGCGCAAAGGAGGUUGUUGCGAUCGUCACCCAUGGUAUCCUGUCCGGAAAGGCCAUCGAGAUCAUCAACAAGUCCAAGCUGAGCAGGGUCGUGACAACGAACACUGUCCCCAUGCAAGGCAAGGAGGAGUCGUGCGCGAAGCUGCAGACAAUCGACAUCAGCCCUACGUUGGCUGAGGCCAUCCGCAGGACCCACAACGGCGAGAGUGUUUCUUUCUUGUUCACUCACGCGCCUACGGAUUAAACGUCAGAUUUUGGUAUGGAAUGGAAAGCCAGCGUUCUAGUUUGAGGUGGAUUUUGGAGGAGGAUACUUUUCAAAGUAAUAGAUCAGAGGGCAAGUUUUUUGGGGGGUGUUUUGAUAAAUUUCAGGCGCUUUGUUGGUGUAAGGUUCAGGGGAUAUUUCAAAGCUCUGGUAGGCAUAUGUACAGUGCAAACGUGCCAUUUUGGAUUUCAAAAGUGAAGAGGAGUUAAACCCUAUCUUGGGCGUGGUAGCUUGGAUAAGUUCCUGGAACUUUUAGCAUCAUAAGAACUAACAUGGAAUAAUAAUUCUGG